AUGGAUCCAUUGUGUUCUCUUGGGGAAAUUUAUUCCAGAGUUAUUAGAGAAGAACAGCGUUUAGCUUCGGCUCAGGUUCAUGAUCAGCGUAAAGAGGUCGUGGGUUUCACGACUCAAACCGAACAUAGUGUACUUCCUUCUUCCCGAACAGAGAUGCGAAGUGGAGGAAGAUUGGAUUUUUCAAGUAUCAGGUCUCGUUCUUCCAUCUGCUCUCAUUGUGGACGUUCAGGACAUGAAAAGAAAGAGUGUUUGCAGAUUGUUGGAUUUCCGGAAUGGUGGACUGAGCGCAACGGUGGUGGACGUGGGUCUGCUACUCGUUGUAGUGGAGGUCGCGGUUGUUUCACGAGGACUUUGAUUGGAAGCGGUGAAGAGCAUGAUGGGGUUUAUUAUCUUACGGAUGUGGCAACGGAUAGGAUUCAUUCCACAAAUGUUUCUUCUGAUCAGGCCUUGUGGCAUCAGCGUUUAGGACAUCCAAGAUUUUUGGUCCUUUCAUCUUUACCGGUGUUUUCUAGUUCUUUUAAAAAUGUUGGCUCUCGUUCGUGUGACGUGUGUUUUAGAGCCAAACAAACAAGAGAUGUUUUUCCUCUUAGUUCUAAUAAAUCAACAGAAUGUUUCUCUUUGAUUCAUUGUGAUGUUUGGGGUCCGUACCGUGUUCCAUCGUCUUAUGGGGCAGUUUAUUUUUUAACAAUAGUAGAUGAUUUCUUGAGGGCUGUAUGGACCUAUCUCAUGCCCGCCAAAUCAGAAGUUCGUGGAGUCCUUACUAAUUUUUUUGCGUACACGGAGAAACAGUUUGGCAAGACUGUUCGAAUGAUUCGUGGUGAUAAUGGGACAGAGUUUAUGUGUCUUUGA